UUCCUCUCGGAACUCCUAAAAAAUAAGAGGUCCGUGACUCCGUGUGGAUAACAAACGACACGCCACUAAAAAUCGAACGCUCGCCGUUAACGAUACUUGAGCUACAUCCACGGUUUAUUUGUUCUGUUUAUUUCUCACUGGGCAGGAAUUGAAUUUUAUUUCCUACCUUGGGUAUGUUUGGAAGUUUCGCUCGAAGUAUUUUUGUGUUUCACGUAAUAGUGAAAUAGAAAUAUUUGUCGAGGAAGUUCUAAAAUUGUGUAAGUAAUGAUGUCCGCUAGUGUGGAAAUUGAAAUAAAACAAGAAGAAAUACACACGCUUGAUGAUAAGAAAGUUUUAAUUAGCAACGAAUUUUCCGGAUCGAUAAAGCAGGAACGUGAUGAAAUUAGUGUGGAUUAUUCUAAUAGCACAUAUAAUUGGGAAAAUCAAAAUAAAGUGCAGCAUGCAGAUAAUUUUGUAAAAUACAACUGUGGUCCCACAGAGGAGAAGCGACAACAAAAUUCAGGAGAUUUUAAAUGUGAUCACUGCGACUCUGCAGCUCAUGAAAAAUGUAGUUUGAGAACACAUUUGGUAACACACAACACUGCUAAGGUUUUAAAAUGUGCCCAGUGUGAUUUUACAACUAAUGGUAAAUCUAAAUUAUUACUUCAUCAGUUAAUACACAAAACUACUAAAGAUUUAAAGUGUACUCAGUGUAAUUUCGCAACCAAUUAUAAAUAUAGUUUUAAAAUGCAUCUCCUAGCACACAAGACAACCAAGGAUUUAAAAUGUGCUCAGUGUGAUUUCAUUACCAAUGUUAAGUGUACUUUUAAAGGACAUCUGAAAACCCACGUUACUACUAAGGCUUUUAAGUGUGCCUUGUGUGAUUAUGUAACCAAUAACAAAGCGCAUCUAAAAGCACAUUCGUUGAUACACAAGACUACCAAGGAAUUGAAAUGUGCCGAAUGUGUUUAUGCCACCAAUGACAAAUCAAAUUUGAGAACACAUGUUUUAAUACAUAAAGACACUAACCCUUUCAAGAAUACCAAGAAUUUUAAAUGUGCACAGUGUAAUUACACAACCAAUAAUAAGUCCCAUUUGAAAGUGCAUCUGUUAACACACAAGACCACAAAGGAUUUAAUAUGUACCCAGUGUGAUUUUGCAACCAAUUAUAAAGCCAGUUUUAAAGCGCACGCGUUAACACACAACACUACCAAGAAUUUGAAGUGUACUCAGUGUGAUUAUUCAAGCAAUAAUAACUACUGUUUUAAAACACAUCUGUUAACACACAAGACUGCCAAGGAUUUCAAAUGUGCUCAGUGUGAUUUCGCUACCAAACAUAAAUCCAGUUUAAAAUCACAUCUUGUAAGACAUAAGACGAACAAUUUUUUAAACUGUGCUUGGUGCGACUACACAACUAAAGCCAAAUCUACUUUGAGAAAACAUCUGUUAGUGCACAAAACUAUCAGUACAAUUACUGAAAACAUUACAAAUUAGUCAUAAAACUUUCAGAAUUUACAAAGGUCCAAUUUGUUUUGUUCGAGGUUGUUCUGUUUAGCACCACAGCAUAGAACAUUCAGAGGACAGCCGGUGGUUGCAUCCAGUACUUUUAAUCACAGACUCGGUUCUUUUUCACGAAACCUGUAAACUGACAAAAUUAUAGGUGUUGGUCUGCGAUGUGACUCAUACUUUCUGGGACAUAUGAUAUGCCUUCUAGAAUUUAAGGUUUGUUUGCUGUAUAAGCAAAUUGAAUUGUGCUUAUUUUGUAUGAUUUCGACACAAUUCACUUCAAUUUUGGUGGAAGGAAAAGUGUCAUAGUUUUUGUUAAACGUCAAUGCUGAAUAAAUAGUGAAAUUCGCGCUUGUGUAAUAAAUUUACGUGUGAAUACAAUAUGUGAUAUUAACUGAUAUAAAUUCAUCUAUUUAAGGGUCUUUUUAAUGUAGUUUCUCGAUGUUAGUGGUAGUUCCUAUGAACUUCAAUAAUUAAUUGUCCACAUACAUAAUUCAUGUAAUUAAAUUUACCUUACAAUAACAUAAAUUGCAUAAAUUUAUGCAACCAAGUCGGUUUGGUUUGUUACUGCAUUUCAUAUUUCACAGGUCCAACAAUUUCGUGGAAUUGGUGCAGGAAUAUUGCAAUUAAUCUUUUAAUAAGCCGCAUUUAAGUUAAAGUAUUACUUAGACCCCGUCCGGCAAUGAGCACGAGAUGAAAAAGAAACAGAUACAGUGGAAGAGUGAAACUACCUAUUAGCAUUGUUUAUAAAUUAAUAAACAAUGCUAUUAGGUACUUUUUCCACUGUUUAAAUGGUUAGUCAAUACAUACAGCAGAACAUUACACUGAUAAUGAUAAUCUAUACUUCCACAUGAACUGUACAUUUUAUUGAAGUUAUGUACUUACAUUUGAUUCCUACAGUUUGUUAUAGUGUGUAUCAUUUCUUUACUAAAAAAAUUUCCGAUUUUUUGCAUAUAUUUACAGAUCUUUGAAAGCUACUUUGUAAAUGGUGAUGAAGGUCUUAAAUGAUGGCAGCGCCGCCUAUGCAUGCUCAUUAAAAUUUACAAUUACCUUCCAAAGAUCAUCAAACACUUGGGCAUUGAGGAGAUACCUUGUGGAGAACUCAUAAUAUAACUUAGAUGAAUUCUUUGCUAGGCCAACUCCUUAAUUCCAGAAAGUGCAAUUAAUUACUUAUUAUUAUUUUCUGAUGUUUGUAUUGUGUAUGACGAAUGUGUGUAAUCCUCAAAUUACUCUUACAUAAUAAACAUUUCGUAUUCGUAUAAACCA